UGCCAACUUCUCAUCCUCGCUCUUCAAGCAUCACCAAAAGACCAGCAAAAAUGGCCUCCGCCCUCAACAUCUCCAAGAAGCGCAAGUUCGUCGCCGACGGUGUCUUCCAGGCCGAGCUCGGCGAGUUCUUCAUGCGCGAGCUCGCUGAGGAGGGCUACUCGGGCUGCGAGGUCCGUGUCACCCACGCCCGCACCGAGAUCAUCAUCCGUGCCACCCACACCCAGGAGGUCCUCGGCCACCAGGGCCGCCGCAUCCGUGAGCUCAAGGCUCUCGUUGAGAAGCGUUUCAAGUUCCCCGAGAACUCGCUCGAGCUCUACGCCGAGAAGGUCCAGUACCGCGGUCUUUCGGCCGUCGCCCAGGCCGAGUCGCUCCGCUACAAGCUCCUCGGUGGCCUUGCCAUGCGCCGUGCUUGCUACGGUGUCCUCCGCUACGUUAUGGAGUCCGGCGCCAAGGGUUGCGAGGUCGUUGUCUCGGGCAAGCUUCGUGCCGCCCGUGCCAAGUCGAUGAAGUUCACCGACGGCUUCCUCCUCCACUCCGGCCAGCCCGCCAUUGACUACGUUGACUACGCUGUCCGCCACGUUCUCCUCCGCCAGGGUGUGCUCGGCAUCAAGGUCAAGAUCAUGCGCCCCCACGACCCCGAGGGCCGCAUGGGCCCCUCGCGCCCCAUCCCCGACAUGGUCACCCUUGUCGAGCCCAAGGCCGAGGCCCCCAUCGAGAUCCGCUCGGAGCACAAGGAGCCCCAGCCGGUCGCCGUCCCCGCUGCCGCCCCCGCGGCCGAGGCCGCCCCCGCCGAGCAGGCUGCUUACUAAGUGCCCGGUGGGCUAUCGCUUGUACACUAGUCGGGAUGUAAUUCCCUUAUUACGAGCGCUGCUGAGUUGAUGAGUGCGGUUGCGUGCUGGCGAUUGGAUGUGUGAUGACGUGAACGAAAUAGAGCCGAGAGUCUGUGGUGUACGUGCGGGGACGCCGUUGAGAGCGCAAUCCUGAUCGCCUGCAUCCAUAGUUGCCGUCCGUCCUUGGCGUAAAUCGUCUGCGUCUAGCGGUAUUCAUACAACAUCUAAAUCUACUCCUGCAUAGCACU